AUGAGCUCUCCUACAGAUACAUUCUCCCGCGAGGAGGUCCGCUCCCAUACAACCGACGAGUCUCUCUGGUGCAUCAUCGAUAGCACGGUCUACGAUCUCACAGACUUUGUCGACGCUCAUCCCGGUGGUGAGACUGUCCUCAAACAAGUCGCCGGUCAAGAUGCCACGACCGCUUUCUACAAUCUCCACCGACAUGAACUUCUCACAAAGUACAAGGACCUCGCCGUUGGCACCAUCGAGGGCGAGAAACCCCAAGUUAUCACCCCACAGCCUGGUGACCUCAGCAGGGUCCCCUACGCCGAGCCUCUAUGGCUUGCCGAGCCCUUCCGCUCACCCUACUACAAGGACAGCCACAGGCGGCUGCAGCGCAAGCUCCGAGAAUUCGUCGAUAGUGAGCUCUACGCGGAGGCGCAAGAGUGCGAGGCGACUGGACGAUACAUUAGCCAGAAGAUGAUUGAUCGCAUGAGCGAGCUGGGCAUCUUACACAUGCGUAUCGGGCCUGGAAAGCACCUCCACGGUGUUGAUCUCAUGGGAGGCGCCGUCAAGGGUGAGGAGUUCGACUACUUCCACGACUUGAUCGUGGCACAGGAGCUUGCGCGAGCUAUGGCUCGAGGUUUCGCUGAUGGAAACAUGGCGGGCAUGACUAUUGGACUGACGGCGGUUCUCAACUUCGCCCGCAACGAGGCAUGGAAGAACAAGAUUGCCAACGAGGUCUUCAGCGGCAAGAAGAAGAUCUGUCUCGCCAUCACCGAGGCCUUUGCUGGUUCAGAUGUCGCUGGAUUGCGCACAACUGCCGAGAAGACACCUGAUGGCAAGCACUAUAUCAUCAACGGUACCAAGAAGUGGAUCACCAACGGUGUAUGGUGCGAUUACUUCGUUACAGGUGCCCGAACCGACAAGGGCUUGAGUGUCUUCCUUAUCGAGCGUGGCGAGGGUGUUGAGACCAAGCAGAUCAAGACCUCUUACUCUACAACAGCUGGUACAGCUUUCGUGACAUUCGACAACGUCAAGGUCCCCGCCGAGAACAUGCUGGGCAAGGAGAACAAGGGUAUCCAGGUCAUUCUGAGCAACUUCAACCACGAGCGAUGGUACAUGGUUUGCGGAAGUCUUCGUUUGUCACGAUCCAUCAUUGAGGAGUGUCUCAAGUGGAGUAAUCAACGUCAAGUGUUCGGCAAGUCGCUCAUUGAUCAGCCCGUCAUCCGCCAGAAACUCGCAAAGAUGAUCGCGCUCAUCGAAGCCAACCAGUCAUGGCUCGAAACCGUCACCUACCAAAUGUGCCACAUGCCCUACUCACAACAAGCACAGCAUCUUGCCGGCCCUAUUGGUCUGCUCAAGAUGAGCGCCACUCGUGCUGCCCACGAAGUUGCCGACGAGUCAGUGCAGAUCUGGGGUGGUCGUGGUAUUACCCAGACUGGUAUGGGCAAGUUUAUCGAGAUGUUCCACCGAACAUACAAGUUCGAUGCCAUUCUCGGCGGUGCCGAGGAAGUGUUGGCAGAUCUCGGUGUGAGACAGGCCAUGAGGAACUUCCCCAAGGCUAUGUUGUAA